GACGCACUCUCAAACGCAGCGUUCUGUGUGUUUCUGUGCGCACACCGGAGGACAACGCAACUGAACGUGGAAAGGUUGUGAAAGUCAGUUAUGGCUGAGCACCACAGCCACAAGCGACGCCAUCCGGCGGAGCUUGGCCCGCCUCCACGCUGGCUCAACUGUCCACGCAAGGGAGCCCUCAUUGCUGAGAAGUUCCUGCCCUUCAAGACGCCCCUGAGCGAGAUUUAUGAUGCUCAAGUGCCCGAGGAGAGCCGCUUCCCGCCAUCCAUGCUGUUGGACUCCUUAACCAGCUACAAGCUGAAGAUGGGCCUGUGGAUCGACCUGACCAACACAGACCGAUUCUAUGACCCGAAAGUAAUUGAGCAGAAGGAGAUCCGGUACCUCAAGCUCCAGUGUCGCGGUCAUGGAGAGUGUCCAUCCCAGGAGCAGACGGAUGCAUUCAUUGGCGUCUGUCAGCGAUUCAUAUCCAUGAACCCACUGCACAUAAUUGGUGUCCACUGCACGCAUGGCUUCAACCGGACGGGCUUCCUCAUUGCCAGCUAUCUGGUGGUCAACAUGUCCUGGAGCAUUGAAGCAGCCGUCAAAGCCCUUGCAGAGGCUCGACCACCUGGCAUCUACAAAGCAGACUACCUUCGGGAGCUGUUCAAACGAUAUGGCGAUGUGGAUGACACGCCUCCGCCCCCACCUCGGCCAAGUUGGUGCGAUGAAGAGAGUGAAGACCUGGACGACGACGGCAACGCAGUAGGUGGUGACGGCAGUGGAGACGGGCCUGUGCACAAGCGGCGGAGACGGGAGUUCACCAAGAAGAACCCCACCUUCAUGAAGGGCGUUGAGGGCGUAGAGCCCAUCACUACACAGCCUAAACUCCUGCAGAUACAACGGAGGUGCCAGGAGCUCUGCCACUGGGAGAGUUCAGGCUUCCCCGGCAGCCAGCCAGUAUCCAUGGACCGGCAGAACAUCCACAAGCUGCGGGAGAAGGAGUACAUGGUCAGCUGGAAGGCUGACGGAACACGGUACAUGAUGCUCAUAGACGGCGUGAACGAGGUGUACUUCAUCGACAGGGACAACUGUGUCUUCCAAGUGCGGAACCUGUACUUCCCCAGGCGCAAGGACCGCACCCAGCACAUCCAGGAGACGCUCGUCGACGGGGAAAUGAUCAUUGAUGAGGACAAUGGCCGGAAGGUGCCACGCUACCUAAUCUACGACAUCAUCCGGUUUCAGGGUGAAGAGGUCUGGGGUGUGGACUUCUGUCGGCGGCUGACGUGCAUCUCCCGAGAGUUGUACGAGCCACGCAAGGCAGCCAUGCAGGAGGGCCGCAUCAACCGCGAGAUAGAGCCCUUUGGUGUGCGGCACAAGCAGUUCUGGGAUGCCGCUUUUACGUACAAGUUGCUGAGUGACAAGUUUGCACAGAGCAUGCCUCACGAGCUGGAUGGCCUCAUCUUCCAGCCCAAAAUGGACCCAUACGUCUGUGGCCGUGCCAAUGACGUGCUCAAGUGGAAGCCACCACAUCUCAACACGAUCGACUUUAGGCUGAAGAUUGCUAAAGAAACUGGCCCAGGCCUGUUACCCAAGAAAAUUGGACUUCUCUAUGUGGGAGGCUCUGACCAUCCUUUCGGACAGAUGAAGAUGACAAAGCACAUGAAGGAUCUAGACAACAAGAUAAUCGAGUGCAAGAUCGAUGGGAGCCAGUGGGUGAUGCUGCGAGAGCGAACGGACAAGUCAUUUCCUAACAGCUUUUCAACAGCCGAAGGUGUGAUGGAGAGCAUAAGGAAUCCCGUCGACAAAGACUUCCUCUUGAACUUCAUCCGCCAGUAUGGGUGGCGCAGGAAGCCAACCGACAGUGAGCUGAUGCCGCCUCCACACCAGGUGGCACAGUAGCACUUCGUUGUGCCGACAGAGCUGACGUGCGCCAUUUCGUGGCUCGCCGAACUGUGACUGUGCUCGCUCCACGUUCUGAGUUGGCAUCUGGGGCACUUGCUUCCAAAAAUAUUGGGACUUGGUCACUUGCCCCGUGCUUGAAAGACACUCUCAACUACAAGCCGUGCACCCUUGUUCACGUGUCCCAUUAUGGUAGGCAUAGGACAAUGGGGGGGAGUAGAGUCACUGCAGCUGUCGGCCUAGUGUGGUGCUGUCUUCUUGCAGCAUGUGUACAUAGAGACGGGCAUCGAGAGCAUGUCUUUGAAUGCAUCGCCGUAGCGAAACCACUGCAAUCCGGAAGUGUGUUUGGGAUGGGCAAGCGUGUGAUGGCACGUGUGGCAUAUCGGAUAUGUCUAUGAGACGUGUGCGUGUUAACUGUUGGCGCAGUGUCCCCUAGUGACGCUUUUUACAGACUGGGAGUGCUUCAUCUCCCUAACCAUUGUCUGCUCCACGAGCGCUUCUUUUUUUUUUUUUCCUCGCUUCCUUGUGUUUUGCAUGCUCGUUGUGUGUGGUUUUUCAGGUUCCUUUGUGGAUGACAUGUUUUGUCUGUGGCCUACCAGGGUUGUUGCUUAGGGGGAACCUUGUUGGUUAGCCACAUAUACAUGCAUAAAUUGUCCUUUUCUGGAAGAACGUUGUUUGAGCUGUGCACCAGUUUCUGUGAAACUGCCCUAGAUUUCUCUAAUGCACAUUUUAACAUGAGUGCUGGUGGUAAACUACCCGUCAGAGUGAAAACAGUUAUAGUAUGGUGACAAAAUUGGCUGCCAGCAUGUUGUUAAUUGAAACAAGUUUUUUUAGCCAAACUGUGGCAUAAAGUACAGAUGGAAGAACUGCGGAUAAAAGCUGCAUCUAUACAGCUUGAUGAGCCUGCAGCCCCUUUUGAAAGCAAGAAGUAUUGGUGCAUACUUUUGUUUGCUUGAGCAUUAUGUGCAGCAUUUAAGCUAGGAUCGAUAACUACUGCAGCAGAAAGUGAGGAGAAUGGGGCUAGAAUAAUACACUUUGUUGAAGUAAACGAACUUAGCAAAUUAUUUGCGCCCAAGUCCCUACUUUGAUUUGUACUGCUGCUGCUAAAUUCCUUCUAUAUCGGACUGUUGGCUCUUUGUUUUGGUAGCUUGGUUUUGUCUUCUUGCAUUGCAAAUGGCCGUGUGUAGUCAUGUGCGGAAACCCAGCGCUCUUUACUGAGCAUGUUUAGCAUUGAAUGCAGCGUUAGUUAAUACUUGGAGGUGUGUAUAUUACUUGAGUUGCUGAAAAUUUAGCAGCAGUAUCGCUUGUGCAGGUUGUGCUCUGUACGCGGGUUCGUACAGGAUGUUUCACAUAACUUGAACCAAGGAUUUGAAAAAAGUGGUUAAUCACUUUUAAAAAAAUUUUUAAUGUUCACUUUAGGGCCAAGUACAUUUUGUUUGCAUUGUGGAGGUAGUUCAGAGACAAGCAAUCCAGUUUUUGGGGGGCAGCGUACAUGCUGUGUGGUGAUUUAUUUGGCGUUUAAAAAAAGCCUGUGAAAUAUGAAAUAAAACCACAUGACUGCACCCGUGCACUAUUGUAUUGCAGCAUUCUCAGCCAUGCGUCGAGCCUAUCACUUAUCAGGGAUGAUGGGGCUUCCUUUCCGCAAGCCACCACCAAAGAUGCUGACACACUAUGAAGCCGAUGCCUAGGGCCACGGCCACUCACCUCGCCAUGGUCCACGUGCAUGGCUCUUUCGCACUAAGCACGGUUGGACGUGGUUUUAUGUCAUCUUUUGCUAGCUUUCUUUAAACGGCAAAAAAAUCUCCACGCAGCAUGUACUCCUCCACAAAAAAAAUUGGAUCUGCCAUUUCUGAAUCCCUUCUACAACACGACAAAAUGCACUAGGCCCUAAAAAGUUUGCAUAUGUCAUCUUACUUAACCAAUUAAGCAGAAUAUAAAAAAUUUUCUAAGGAGCGCCACAUGACAGCAAACCAUAUGCCAUUGGUUUCAUUCAGCUGAGGCUUACAAUUUUUUUUUAAUCCUUGGUUCAAGUUACUUGAAAUGCCCUGUAUGUAGUGACCAAGUGGUCCCAGGGACCUAACCUGGUCAUGCUGUACAUGCGACGUUUGUGAGCAACCAUGGCUAAUGUCGUGGCAUUCUUCGUUUGUCUGCCUAGCCUAGUCCUAUCCAAUCUACGGUGGCUUGCUGCGACUGGCUUAUAGCAGUUGCCAAAAGUGGUGCAUGCACGUCUCACUGACACUUUAGCAACUUGGGGGAUGUCUAUAUUCAUAUGCAUAUUGCCACAUUAUGCCUAAUGUGCUGCAUGGUAAAUAAGAGGGCUGUUGUUCCUGCCAUGUAUCCAAGUCAGUUGGUUUUAUGAACGUAUCAUGGAAAACGUUGCGAUAAAACGAAAUAAAUGAGAAGGUGCGUAGAUGACAUCACUGCACAGCACAAAACAUUGAUGGGGCAAUGUCAUGCAAGUAACUCGCAGAAUUUGUGGCAUUUACGCUUGUUUUGGUCCAGUGCAUAUGUUAUAAAUCUGCCCAACUCACUAUUUCGUUUUGGUACAAGUUUUUUUUCUUGUAGCGAUUUUCUUUCUCAUCUGGCUAUCUAGUUUAUUUACUGGGGAAGUCAAUGAUAAUGCAACUCAUUGGUGGCAAGAACUACAAACCACAAGGUGUUGUUCUCUUCAAGGUGGGCUGGAUAUUUCAGAACUUCACAGGCUAGUGUUCAUUAUGGCCUGUACAGAUGUGUCCAGAAAGGCAAUCAUAUUUGUAGUGGCUGUUUAGUGACCGAAGAAUCCUUCGCACCGAUACCUUAACUGGGCCAUAAUGACAACUUGACAUUGGCCAUGUUUUUUGUUUUAACUUUUGCCUAGAUGCUGUUGGUUGACUCAGGUGUGCAUUUGUGCUCGUAGUGCUGACAUUGAUGUGACAAAGGGCUCCUUGUCAGAGUUGGGUGCUUUGACACGUGUUGUUAGCAUGGUUGUUUUCUUUUUUAAAAGCUGGCCUCAUACAUAUAUUUAUUCUCUUGGGAAUAAGUAGAGACUGGGCGACUUCACGCUUUGCAUAAAACAGUCUGUUACCAUCUAUUUUCUUGUUUAUUUACCCCCAUUUUCAUUGUCCAAUGGACCCUGGCUUCACAUAAGGGAAGUUGCACUUAUUCUUAGUUGCAGUGUGCAAAGCAAGAACUGUUGGGCAGUUUUUGUUGUGCCUUUUGUUUGUUGAAUUUUUUUUUUCUACAGAGCGCCGUGUGAUUGAAGUGAUGAUGUUUCUUGUCAUCAGAAUAAAUGAAUGCUUGGUGAUGAAUGCAA